AUGAAUAAUUCCACUGUGUUACAACAUGCUUUAGAGCCAGCUGAUACUGCUGCUGCUGCCAAUCCAAUUUUUAAAUUGGCGUCUUCGGCAAUAGAUGCUGUAUGGGAGCAAAGUGUGCGGUCUGAAUUAAACAAGGUCUCAUGGAAUAGAUUUGGCGCGAUAAGCCAAUAUUGUUGUUCUAUUUACGGGUUAUCGUGUCUAGUGAUGGCAUUUGUGCUAAAUAGGACUUUGGUAAUGGCGCUGACCAAUAAUAUUCACAAUCAGCAAAUGGCAAUAAACAGACAGCGACGGAAUUUUCAAAAUGGAAACUUGUUUGCUGCUUACAAACUGGCAACGGCGAUGAAAAAAUUGAGCAUUUUGUUCUUUAGGAUGGGGAUGGUUGUGAUUUUGCUUUACCAGCUAUACACUAUCCUAGUUGUGCUAAAACUACACCAAAACUUGGGACUCGCAGAAACCUCAGUUAUUCAAUGGUUCUACCGGUUGAUACCUAGCAGAUUUUUCACAUAUGAUGCAGCACAUUUUGAAAGUAACAAGUAUAUGAAAACACCUUCGAAGCAAGUGAUGAUAGGCCCUACAAGUGAUAUGUAUUGGCCUAUUUUUUUGACUUUUUGUUUGCUGUCAUUUAUUGAAACAUUCAUUGCUUCAAUACAGGGCGAGAAACCGUUUACUGAGAGCGGUACAACCAUUUUUGAACACUCGUUAGCAUUUCAAGAGUUUAGUAGCAAUGCAGCAUUUUUUUUCAGCAAUUCCUACCAUUAUAAGAGGCCUACAGAAGAAGUUCUCGUGACUUCUCUUUUUCUGAUUUUGAAUCACUUGAAUAUCCACAUUGGAGCCAUAGUUAAUAACAAUAGACUACGAUUGAUACCGCUGACUAUUAUUGGAACUGGGUUUUUAGGAUACUUUGUGACUUCAAUUAUUCACAAGCAAAUGUCGAGAUUCCCAGUCAUUUUGAUCUCAACUUUAAUCCCACAACUUUUGAUUGUGUUCAUAGUGUUGAUAAGCAGUGCCAUAUUUUUUACUGCUGUUGUGGUUAAUGGGUGCAGAUUUCAGGGUCUCAAUUAUGCAAGUUUAUUUGCACGAGAAGAUAGGAACCAGCUCGAGGAGGGAGACAACAACGACGACGCUUUUGGAAACGAGUUGGAUUCUCCAAUGUCAAACUUGAAUAUAAGCCUAACAGAUGACUUUUAUACGGCUUUAUUGAAUUUAGGGGUUUUAGCAAUAACUCUGGCGGGAAAAUCUAGUUAUAUCACCGAAUUGAGUCUCGUGACAUUAGAUCACGAAACGUGGGUAGAACGCAGUAUUUGGCAACGGCUCAAGUACUUUUCAAAACUGAAAUAUGCAAGUAUGGAUGCAUCAAGAGUUUUUGCUGAGGAGACCAGUGUUUUGGGAUACGACAAUAUCAUAAGCAAGCCCAACAUCAAACUGAUUGCUUCAUCUGGAGCCUUUAGUUCAGGAAAUGAAAAUUCAUUGCAAGAAAACACACAAUAUCGAAACAGUGUAUUUGAGAAAAGAUUUCGGUACUGCAAAAAAAUUGUGAUUGAUUUUUGUCAACUAAUAUAUGGUCUAGUUGUUGACAAAUUUAUGCUUCAAUUAGUACCAGAAUUGUUGAGUUUUGUAUGGUCUCUGCACAAAGACGAGAGCAACAGCAACAGCAACAGCAACAGCAGCCUGGAGAAUUUGGAGAAUUUGGAGAGAAGAAGAUUGAAAACCCCGAAAUUUUUAAAGAAGCACAUGAGAAAAAACAAAGUUGGAUAUGGAGGAGCUCAAGCUUCUACUGCCAAGAACAAGAACAUUAACGUCAAUCUUCUUUCCUCGGAGGAAUUAGAAUCCAACUAUGCUUCCUUACUUUUGGGUGCAGAUUUUGGCGAAACAGAUAACUCUGAAGAUUAUAUUUUCCAAACCAAAGAUGAUCUGGAAGACGAGUCGGACGUUGAUUAUGAUGAGACUACCUAUGGCAGUGUUUUUGGUGGUGCUAUUAAACAAUACCGAAAUCCGCGCGAAGAAGCCGAUGUUAGGUUACCACCAAUGUAUGAGAUAUUUGAUCCCCAAGGUUUAAAGGAAGUGUUUUCAACUAGUUCAGACUUGCACAUGAUACGAGAUCAUUUCAACUAUGAGGGAAGACUCACAAGGUCAAAGUAUCAAAAAUUGCAUACAAGUGAGGAAAAUGUAAAGGAACAAUUUGAUGGACAUGAGGGCCAGAAACUCAUCGAUUUGAUAAUCAUGAAAAGACAAGCUUCAAAACUUGAGUCUCAAGAUAAAAAGGAACAGCUACUGUCGGAGAGAUCUUUGGACUGCGUGAUAUGUCAGACAAACAUGAGAGAAAUUAUAACGUGGCCAUGCAAGUGUUUUGCAAUUUGUGAAUCCUGUAGGUUGAGUUUGGUCAGUAAAGGGAUAGAAGGAUGUGUAUGUUGUAGAAGUGAGGUCAAGGGUGUCUCCAAAGUGUUUAUCCCUUAG